AGUUGGAAAAUAAAACUCGUGCAGUUCGGACGUCGGACUGUCGCUGCUGUGUGGUGGCAAAAAUCGAAAUAUAGACGACGGCACAAAAAAAAAAAAGCUCGCACGUGCGACGCUUGCGAAAAAGAAGAUAAAUAGAAAAACGAAAGAUACGAAGAUACAAAACGAGCGAGAAGAUACAAAACAAAGUAAAGUGCGGCGGCAAUCCAAAGAGCAAUGUGCAAAAAAGGAAAAUACAUAAUUUGCAAAUAGAAGAUUUAUAAAUAGUGCAACAACAACAACAACAACAACAAGACAGCCGCACAAAUAAAAGGAAUUUGUCAGGCGGCGUUUUUUGUACCGUACCUUGCCUCCCCGCUUUAUCGCUCUCUUUCGCCGCCGUCGCUGCCGCCGCUCUCCCUUCUGCCGGCCUUCCUUGCUUGCAGUGUGUUUGUGUGCGUGCGCGUUUGUCCGUGUAUCCGUUGUCGCGUGUGUGUGAGUGUAUCUGUGUGCUUUUGCAGUUGAGAAAUUGAAAAGAAAAUGAAAUACAAAAAUUGAAAUUAAGAAGAAAUUGCGCCGAAAGGAGAGAAAAUUAAUUGAUGGCGAAAAUCAAAUAAAGUGCAUGCGGGAAAAUCGCCGAAAAGUGCGCACAAGUUUUUGUCCAAAAAAAUUGCCGGAAAAUAUGUAUUUCUAUAAAUACAAUUUCAAAUAAUAACGAAAAAUAAAAUAUAAAAAUAUGUGUUUGUGCUGUGCCAGCUGAAUUUUGCCGACGGCAAAAAGCUAAUUGCUUAAAUUCUAACAAGAAAGCUGGAAAAUAAUUAAACUUGGUUGACCAGAAAAUCAAACAAAAAACAAAUCAAUCACAAAUGUGCCAAAAUUCUUUCAAAUAAAAUAAAAUAUACCACUUAAAACAGUUGAUAAUAAAACCAAGUAAAAUGGAUCCCAAUCGUUUUCAAAUAUAAAAAUAAUUCUUAAAAAUUAUAAUCAAUUGAAAUUUAAUCAAUCAAACCUUCAAAAAUCUAUAGAAAUAUUAAUAAUAAUCAUAAGUAAGAGGAUUUUCAAGUAUCCUGGAAGGAUAACCAUCAAAGUUCUCAAAAAUGGAUUGCUAAACAUCCUGGAAAAUCACAUUAUAAGGCACCAAAAUGACCGAAUACGUGACGCCCAUGAUAAGCAACGUCCUGAAGAAAUACCAGACGAGUGCCACCAAAUCGCUCCAAGGACCAGGACAUGCUCUCAAUGCCGCCGGCGUUGUCCUCGGCGACAUAACCAGCAACGGCAGAAGCGACAGCCCUGGCAUUCUCCUUGGCAAGUGCCAGGCCACCUCGCCGGUGGUGGCCGCCGCUCUGAUCAAAAAAGAAAUUCUAAGUUCACCGGAGCCACAGGAACUGCACCAUCAUCAUCAUGAUUGCUCCGCUGGUAGUAGGGGCAGUCCCACCCAGAUAUAUCCACCUGCCACGCCGCCCCGGGAGCUGUCCCAGCCCAUACUUUCGGUGGCGGAUUCAGGAUGCGGUGAACUGUAUGAGACGCGACUGGAGGGCAAGACCAUUGGCUGCUUCUCCGUGGGCGGCGAGAUGAGGCUGUGCCUGCCGCAGUUUCUCAAUAACGUCUUGAAUGACUUUUCGCUGGAGCAGAUCAAUCGGAUCUUUGAUGAGCUGGGCAUCUACUGUUCCCAGUGCACACCGGAUCAGCUGGUGGAGUUUAAGGCCGCCAAGAUUCUGCCGUCGGAUGUCAAGGCCAGUGGCCUGAUCACCCGAACAGAUGCCGAGCGUCUGUGUGCCGCUCUGCUCCAUCGAUCCGAUCGGAAUAGCUAUGUGCCGAUCGAGAGCCUGGCCAAGGGUGCUCUGAGCUUCCAUGUCUAUCACAAGUGCUUCGGGAAGUGCGAGGGCAUCUGUACACCGGAUAUGUACUCAUACCAGAAGCCGACCUGCAUCAAGUGCCUGGAGUGCGACGGCUGGUUCUCGCCCCAGAAGUUCGUCGGUCAUGUCCAUCGGAAGUUCGAGAAUCAGACCUGUCACUGGGGCUUCGACUCACGCAACUGGCACGACUACCUGCAUGUGGCGCUCGAUGUGGAGAAUCGGGAAAAGUACCAGAUCAUCCUCGAUCAGCUCAAGGAGGUGGAGCUCAAGGAGAUGCACAAGCAGCAAAGGGAAAUGGAUCAUAAGAAAAGAAAGGCGGAAAUGCUCAUGGAUGAUGGUCUUCUGGCCACUGGACAUGUUCUCGGCUUGGCUGGACAUCCGCAUGGACUGGUUGUGGGAGCCCUGGCACCGCCACCGCCGCCGCCAAUGAAGCAGCCAUCGCUGGACAAGAAGCGCGAGCAACAGCUCAAAGGCAGCUCUUCUGGUGGAGCUGGAGCCACGCCCACGCUGGAGUAUCACUACCAGAUCAUGUAUGCGCACUGUGUGCAGCAGCAGCAGCGGGAGAGGGAGCGGGAACGGGAGCGGGAAAGGGAACGAGAGCGGGAGCGCGAGCACCUACCACAUGCCCAUCCCCUGCCGCAUCAGCAUCGCGCUGUGCUGGUGGGCACCGCCCCACAUCCCCAUGUGCCGCACGUGCUCCAUCCGCCGCCGCCCGCGCUUAGCUCCUCGUCGGCCUUCCAGCCCUGGGGACCGACCACCACCAAGGCCUUCCUGCAUGCCUACAGCGCCACGCUGUCCUCGCUGCCCUACGCCUGCCAGGAGCCGCCAGAGUUGCAGAAUCCGGAACGUGUGGUCCGGAGCACGGACAAACGGUAUGCGGAGCGAACGUAUCAGCCGAAUGUGGCGCUGGCGCCGCGCAAGAGCAUACUGUCCAAGGAGCGAGAACGAGAGCGGGACAAGGACAGGGAGCGACUGGAACGCGAGGCGGCUUUGAUAGAGCGCCAGCGGUUGAGAGAUAAAGAAAGGGACAGCCAUCAGGUGGUGCACAUCAAGCAGGAGCGAUCCCAGACACCAACGCCCACGCCUACAUCCACGCCCACAACGACGCCGGAGGAGGAGGAGGCACUGCUGGAGGUGGUAGAGCCACCGCACACCUCCUCCAGUGGCAGCAACUCCCCCGAGACGGCUCCACCGCCGACUUCAGCAGCUCCGCCACCCUCUAACCUCCGUAACAUGCGCAGUCCCGAGGAGUUUUCGGCGGGCGGCAGCAACGAGAUUACCUCCUCCACCUCACCGCAUCACCAGCAGCAGCAGCUGCAACAGGGGCAUCAGCAGCAGCAGCAGGGGCAUCCACAGCAGCAAGUGCAGCCGGGAGCUCCUCCUCCGCCAGCCAAGUCGCUGCAUGUCAUUGCCACCGUUAACCAGCAUGCCAAACUCUUGCCCAGCUCCAGCUCCUUGCCAAUGCCGAAUGGUAGCAGCUCCUCCCUCACGGCCACCCACAACGAACCGAGUCGGAUUCGGAUCAACAAGAACCUGAUGAUGAGUCAGCAGCAGCAGCAGCAGGUGUCCCCUCAUCUCCACCAGCAUCAUCACCACCUGCACCACCUGCCCGCCCACCAUAUGCAUCACUAUAGCAGCCAUGGCUACUACAAGAGUCAGGCACCGUCGCCCACUCAAUCCUCCAGCGCCGGAGGUGGCCUCAAUCUGAGUACCCACUCCUCCAACGUGGUGAGUUCGCCCCACCCCAAGGGCACGGCGAAUGGGAAGCCCCAUUUGGGCAGCGAAUUCGAGCUAUCCACGGAUACCGAUGAUACGGAUAGUCUGAACGGAGAGCCCGACUCCAGUGCCAUGUUGCCGCCGUGGGAGCAGGCGGUGGAGUCCCUGCGCGACACACGGCCCAGGGAUCGGGAGCGAGUGUUGCAUUUGCUGCAGACGCUGCUCCAGGAGAACCAUCAGUAUCGUUACAAUAACCUCCAGCUGAGCGAGCUGCUCCACAAGCAGGACGCGCACAUAGCCGAUCUCACGGAGCAGUUGCAGCGCUAUCGAAGGCAAUUCGAGGAGCAGGACUGCAAGGUAGAUCUUCGCAAGAUGCCAUUUAAGAAGCAGCAACAGACGACGACCCAGUUGGAUGAGGUCUUGAGCAAACCAGCAGCGGAGGAUGAGGAGGAUCAGGAGGAACUCGAGGAGGAAGAAAUGGAGGAUCGAGCCAACAAUAAUAAGCAGCAGGAGGCAGCGGCUUUGAUGAAGGCGCCAGCGCCUACCAAUGGCCUGAGGAGGAGUGCCUGUUGCGAAGUCCAGGAUUUUGAGAAGCCAGAAGAGCCGGAAAACAAGAGAAUAAAACUCCAAGAGGACGAGAAAAACCCAGCAAGCCAAGUCCAGCAGGAAGAGGACAGUCCUCAGGCUCCAGAGAAAUCCAGAGAAACGAGUGAGAAGGUCACCAAGAGUCCGCAGCCCAGUCAAAUUUCCAGCGAUGAUGAGGAAAUGGAGGAAGAUGAGGACGAGGAGGAGGAUCAGGCGGAUCACGAAGAGCAGGAGGACGACGACGAUGAGGAGGAUGAAGAGGUUCAGGCCCAGGCUCCGCAUAGCAGUGCUCUGGCCACGCCCCCCACAGCCACCACCCCCAUUUCGCCGGAUUCGGCGGCCACAGCCGGAAAUUGUCAGCUCUUCGACAGCAGCAACAGUAGCGACGAAUCCUCCAUGAAGAAGGCCCAAAUGUCCGCCUGCCAUGCUCUUGAGAAGAUCACCAGCCAUGUGGGUAGCGAGGAGACCAAGGAGGAUAGCCAGGCGAAUAGCCAGGAGGAUGACGAGGAAGACGAGGAGGAGGAGGAGGCGGACGAAGACGAAGACUCCGAGGACGAUGAGAUGCCGCUGCAGCAGCGACAGCAGCGCCAAAGGAGCACAGCGCGACCUCAGACUAUACUCAGUGGUUCAUCCUCAGCAGGACACCACCAUCCACAGACACACACACAGGCACAGGCACAGUCUCAGUCACAGUCACACCCACAUCCACCCAUGGCCACCAAGGCCAGCAAAAAGCAGACACCACCACUUACAGCAACAGCAACCACAGCCACUUCAACCACAACGACAACGAACUGCGAGUUACAAAUCAAAAAGGAAAUAGCCUAGAGAUGGGGAAACCUCUCGGAGAUCAGCUCUUCUACACACGAAAAAACCGGGCAGAUCUAUAAUAAAUAUUAUUAUUGAUUUUGUUUUCAAGAAAAACUUUUAGAUUGUAAUUUUUACACAAUUGGUAUGAUUUUCUUUCAAUUUUCGGUUAGCUUUGCUUGCCUUUUCCUCUCCAGGCUUCAACUAUGAUAUCGAUACUACAUUUUGUUACAGCGUAAUUUUAAAUAUCGAAAAAUAUCGAAUUUUAUAUAUCGAUAUUAUUGCCAAGUAUUAAAUAAAUUUAAUUAAAUUUAUGUAUUUGACUCUUUUUCGAUUAUAUUGUUGAAUAUAUCAAAGAGACUAUCGAUUUAUGGCAACGUUAUCGCUUUAUGUAUCAAUUUUUUCGUAAAAUUUAAAAACCUUAUCGAUUAAUAGAUAUUUUCAAUCUUAAACUGUAACCUAAAACCCGAGAAAUAUGAUUUUUUUGUUAAUCAAAAUUUAUAAUUAUAAAACUUUUAAAUCAAAAUCAAUAAUAAUAUUUAUUUCUGUAAAACUGGCAAUCACACAGAGUUGUAUCUAAGCUAGAAUCCCCUUACUUCUUUAUUUUAUCUAAUUUUUUAUAGAAAGUGCAGCCCAAAUUCAAGCACAAAGCCCGAAACGCACAGGCAUUACCCAGUUUUAGAGGGUAUAUAAUUUUAUAAACUUACAAAUACUUUGGCAAAACCAGAAGGAAAUAAAAUAUAAUUUUUAACUUUUUGGAAAAAACGUUUUCAAUGGAAAACUACCCUUUGACGUCUUCAAAAUUUAAAUAAACAAUUUCAAAAACGCUUUCACAUAGCUUGAAUUGAUCUCACUUGUAAAAACAAAAACAAAACCAACAAAUACAAAUACAACAAAAAAUUAUUUAGGCUUCCCUAUUUCGAAAACAUCUUUCAAAAACGUUGCUUGCAGAAAUUAUAUAAAUGAAACCAAAGCUUUAAAAAACAAAAACAAAACAAGAAACAAAUUUUACAUUUGUUGUAUAUUUGUUCAACGACCAAUUUGUGCGUGUGUUUUUUACCACUUACUUAUACCGCUUAAAACCUAAUUAAGUUAUUAUUUUUAUUUGUAAAUUUUUGUAAGCUCUGCAAGACAUUAAAAACCGAAACGAAAUAUUCAAAGCUUCGAGGCAGGCAGCUGGUUCUUAUAAAGAUUGUAAUUAAAUUUUAGUUUUUAGAUCUAAAAUUAAGUUGAACAGACAAAAAGGAGAGAGACACAGAGAGAGAGAGAGAGGAAGGAAAUACACACAAAAAUGAACCCACCACAGAGAUAACAACAAAAGAAACAGAAACAAAAAACAAAAGCUAAA